CGUGUUGAUAGCGAAGAAUUAUUGGAAACUUUAGCAGAUCGAGCCAAAAAUCUGGGUUAUGAUUAUGUCGCAAAACUUUUCCAAAACUAUCAUGAAGUUUCUCUUGGAGGAAGUAACGGAAAAUUAAUGUUUGAACGAUUAGCAGAAUUGGUUCAAGAUUAUAAUGAUUCGGGACAAAGGAAAGCUGUUUUACAAGAAUAUGAUGCACACGCUGGCAAAGCCUUUAUCCUUUGUAUUAUAACAAGUUUAAUGUGUAGAGUUCACGAAAAGGUCUUACAAGAAGGCGAAUUAUGCUAUGUAGAUGCUUUGGCAUCAUUUGAUCCUCUCAAUUCUUCGAUUACAUUACUUUAUACAAGUUGCACGGUCGGAGCUCUUCCACUUGGCUUAUUUGUUACUUCAGACGAACUUGAAAUCACACCUCAGAUUGGACUGAUGGUUAUUUUAACCGACGAUUCAAGUGCAGAGCGUAAUGCACUGGAACUAUGGGUUCGCCUUUUGUGUACUUUUCAUUUUCUUCAGGCAUUUUGGAGGUGGUUAUAUGAUUCAAAACAUAAAGUUAAUAAAGAAGACUGGGUGCCUAUAAUGGAAAAAACAAGGAAAAUUUUGUAUGCAUUAUCAGGUUCAGAAAUGGAAAUACAUUAUGAAGAAUUUAAGCAGAAAUUUUAUAAUCACCCACAACUGCAGAGUCAUUUUGAGCUUUUGUGGAAGCAGCGAAGCUUCGGUAUAAUGAAAGAUAUUAUUUUUGCAAGGACAAAAGCUUACAACCCAAUACAAAUAUUUCAAUUUAUAAUUACAACUAUGGAAAGGUUUUAUGAAAGGAGAGUGCUUGAAAUUGCACAUAGACAUAUAGGACAUUUACGUAUUGCCAAACGAUUCUUGUGUCCCAACUGGAAAAUAAUAAAUAUGAAUGCAAUUCAAAAGACUUGUGUGGAUAAUGAGUUUUUGGUACCGAGUACAAAAGAUGCAAACACUUUUUAUAUUAUAAAUAGUGAGAUUGGAGUAUGUUCUUGUCCUGUUAGAAUGACCGGUGCGCCCUGUAAACAUCAAGGGGCAGUAUCAAUGAAGUAUCAUCUUUCAAAUUUUAAUUUUGUUCCGUCGUUGACGUCAAAUGAUUGUAUAACCUAUGCAUAUAUAGCACUCGGUUAUGUUACCGAAAACAAAUCUUUCUAUGCAUCAUUACAUGCACAACAAUCUAUUAUACAAAGCCAACAUGCUGAAUUGAGCAAUUUUAUUUCAUUUUUAAAUGAAGUUAAAUUGGACUAUCAAAAUGCCGAUCAAGCGUUACGAACUACGCUAAACAAGUUUAAAGACUGGUAUAAUGCUGCAAAAUCAAAGUCAGUACUCUGGUUGUCUUCAUUUCUUUACGAUCUCAAUCGUGAUCUAGACCCAAUGGUUCGUAUCAAAAGUGGUGCACACAUAAGGGUUCAAGUAGAAUCAAUUAAAAGACGCAAAACAGAGGGUAGUGGUUCUAAACAAAGGUUACCUGUUCUUAUAAAUGAAGAUAAAGAAAAUUUUGAUUCUCAUGCUAUUCCUGUUCGGAAAAAGAGGAAAACAACCAAAAAAGAGCAUAAUUUAUGCAAGAAUAUAUUGAGCAAUCAUCCAAAUUGA